GCGCCGCCGUCCCCUGAACGGCUCUCGCGUCCCAGGCAGCCUGCCGCCGUACGAAGCUGUCCUCUCUGCGGCAACGAUGGCUGCUGCCACGGCCCCAGCCUCCUCGUCUCCCUCCUCUGGCUGGGACUUCACCUGCAACUUUGAAGUUGAUUAUGGAUCUGAAGACCAUGCUUUCAUUGUUUACAAGACGUUAGCUGUUGACACAGAGUUGCAGCCAGAUAAGGUCAGGAGGGAGAUGACUGUUUCUGGUGGCAAGCUUGUUGUGCGUUUUGAAGCUAUAGAGGCCCGAUUUCUGCGAGCAUCAUUCAGCGCGUUUGUCGAUCUUAUGGUGCUUUUGACGAAGCUUGUCGAAGAAUACGGUGUAACCAACGAAGAACAUUCAGCGUUGUGA